AUUGUGGUCCUUGUAGUUUCAGUAGGCUGCGACUGGGACUUUGCAGUUUGGCGAGCGUUGUUUGCGGAAGGAAAGCGCCUGCGCUUCUGCGGUCGGCCUGCCCGGGUGGCGCCGCUCGGUGUGUGAUUGAGGGUCGGGAAGAUGGCGUUGGAGUCUCGAAGGAUGGAGCAGGACGUGGAAGACGGAGAGGUUUUGGACUCGGACUGCGAAAUGCCGGUCUCCGCCGCUGCCAGGAGCCCCCAGCAGAAACAACACAAUAACAGCUCAGCCAGAUCUUUCCCAAGCAGCAUUUCUCCCUGUGCACCAAGUGUCCCUUAUCGCACAACCAAAAGUGUGGAUUCAAGUGAUGAAAGCUUCUCUGAUUCAGAUGAAGACAGCUGUCUAUGGAAGCGAAAGCGACAGAAAUGUUCUAACCUUCCUCCCACUAAACCAGAUCCUUUCCAGUUUGGCCAAAUCUCUCAGAAACAGAUUACUGUAGGGGGUAAAAAAAUCAACAACAUCUGGGCUGCGGUGCUUCAGGAGCAGAACCAAGAUGCUGUGGCCUCAGAACUUGGGAUUCUAGGAAUGGAGGGAAGCAUUGAUAGAAGCCGGGCAUCAGAGGCUUACAACUACAUGUUGGCGAAAAAGCUGAUGAAAGAAUCUGAGCCAGAAGUGAUUGAGUCAUUAGAUAAAGAGUUGGAUGAAUAUAUGCAAGAUGACAAAAAGACAUUGCCAGAGGAGGAAAAUGGACAAGGCAUCUUGAAAAGGAAACGGCCUGUUAAAGAGAGAUUGGGUGAAAGACAAGAAAUGAAUUACAAAGGGAGGUAUGAAAUUACUGAAGAAGAUUCUGAGGAAAAAGUGGCAGAUGAAAUUGCCUACCGGCUUUGUGAACCGAAGAAGGAUCUGAUCUCACGGGUAGUAAAAAUCAUUGGGAAAAAAAAAUCUAUUGAACUACUGAUGGAAACUGCUGAAGUGGAACAAAAUGGAGGCCUUUUCAUAGUGAGUGGCACUAGAAGAAGAACACCAGGAGGGGUUUAUUUAAAUUUGCUGAAAAGCACACCUAGCAUAACUGGAGAACAAAUCAAGGAUAUCUUCUAUGCUGAAAACCAAAAGGAGUAUGAGAACAAGAAAGCUGCAAAGAAGAGAAGAAUUCAAGUCCUGGGGAAAAAGAUGAAGAAAGCUAUUAAAGGGCUCAACCUUCAAGAAUACGAUGAUGCCUCUCGAGAGACUUUUGCUAGUGACACAAAUGAGGCACUGGCUUCUCUAGAUGACUUGCAGGAAGGACACAGUGAAAUGAAAUUGGAUCCAGAGGAUGCUAUUGAAAUUGAUCAUUCUCAUGAUUUAGACCUCUUUUAACAUACUGGAUAUUUGAGAGACCAUAAUCUUUGGGAGAUAUUAAACUGAAGUUUUUAUGUUAAUACUACAGGUUUUUAUUAGUGGCAGUAGUAUAAUGUCAAUCGUAUACUGAAGAGGGCCUUUGUAUUUCUAACUUAAUGUUAAUACUUGAGUUUUCAGUUUGCUUCAGAUCAUGAAAAUUUUUAGAUCCCCUGUCUCUGUCUAUACUCAGUACCUAGUUAGGUCAUGUUCUUUCACCUCAUAGUUAAUUUCCAGGUAAAAGAGAAACUGAAUAAUCUCAUUCCAGAGUUAGACAUAUACGAGGCCUGUUAACUGCAUAGAAAUGUUUUCUUCAUUUAACUAAAGGUAAUAUGUAACAAAGUGACAAACCACACUUGGAAAUAUACUCUGGCAUGGAAGCAUUUAUCAUGAACAUGGUGUUAGUUGCUGAGUUUGGGAACACAAUUUUGGGUACUUAUUCAGAUAAGGUAUUCCAAAUGCUUGCAAAUUACUGAAUAGCUAUCUUUAGAUGGACCGUUAAGAAUAGGAAGGAAUACAGUGUAGAGAUGUCCUCCUUCUAAAGUGUUUUAAGACUUUUGUUGUUUGAUAACAAAGCACCUGGGUUUUUCAUAUAAAUCUAAAGUGGCAAUACUACAUGUUGCAAAACUUUACAGAACUGGGAACCCACUUUCUGAUACUGGACCAACAAACCCAAAACAUUUUUCAUAAAAAUUGGAAGUAAGACAAAUUCCUUGUACCACACCUUUAGUUGUGUUAAUGAGUUUUGUGCUAAUGCUACAAUAUUGCAUCAAAUUACAUGUCCUUAAGUAUUACUGAAAUCAGUUGGAGUUGAAUACAUUGUAACUGGGUACAGACCUGCAACCCCUUAAGCCAGACUCAAGAUUCCUGGUUAUCAUUUAUGACUAUCCAAUGCUCUUUCUAAAUGUACAAUGUGUUGCUUCAUUAUCUCAGGUGGUGGUGGGAGUUGUGAGUUGCAUAGUGAAGCUACAUACAAAUUUUGAGUUGUACGCAGGAGCUGUGGAUGGGCAUAGUAUAACUUAUCAGGUGAAAAAAGCCCCAUAUUUCAAGGCUGACCCUUUAGGCUCAUUCUCCUCUGUAUUUUGGUGUUAAUACCCAGUGGUUUCACAAAUAUGUUGUUGAGGCUCAGGCUGUGGCCCCCAGUAUACUUCAGAGGAUCUAAUGCAUAUCACUUAUCCUGAAAGUCAGUGGCACUAAAUCGCCUUAAAUCUUAAGUAUACUGGCUUAAUUGUUUUAUUAGUAUACCAGCUUAAGCUAUCAAUAAAUUAUUAAAGACCAACAAAUUUGAAGAUACCAAUAGUAGCUGCUAUUCUCUUAUUAGGAUAUAAUUUUUCUCUUAGAACAGUGUGAUAUCUAAGAUGACCUCAAAGGCUACUACAUAUGGGUUAUUCUGUGUACAGAAUGUUUUCUUUCCACAAUGUUAAAUUAAAACUGCUGUUCCAAAUGUGGAAACUGGCUGCUCUUUCCAGGUAAUAAAGGAUCACUCUCUAAAACUAUAUUGUAAAUAAUUAAAACUUCACAUAUAAGAUAGUUGUAAUUUAUUGAAAACAUGGCUAUAGCAUAUAGUAAAAGUUGGCAAUACUUUGGUAAGAUAGUUUUCCAUUUAUUAACUGGGUAUUCUGCAACCCUAGGGAUGAAUUCAAUGUUCCACCCUCUCCUCCUCCUGAACACCCGCCAUCAGUCCUGGGGGUUCCCCUAUGGUGUGGGGGCAAGGGGGGGACGUCCCAUUGCACAAGCAGAAAUCCUCGUGCUCAUGCAAUUUUUUAGUUGAAUACUGCUGCCUAGUCUUUAAUAUCCUAACAACUUACACUCCUCAGCUAUUCUACUAGGAAGUCCUAGAGAAUAUGGUGGGACCUCUUGAGUAUAUAUGCAUCGGAGCAGGCUAUUAGCCAGACAUCUGUCUGAGAUACUGGUGUAAACAUUGCAAUGCCGCCCUGGGCUCCUACUGGGAGGAACAGCGGGAUUUAAAUCAAAUAAUAAAUAAAUAAAAUGAUGGUAGGAUAUGGUUUUCAGAUAUUUGUGUGACACAACUCUUACUAUGCCACACCCUAAGCUGGCUGCAACAAGUUUAAAAGAUAAAUAAAGCUUGUUUCUUAAUUAAGACCACUAUAACCGUAAACUGUUUUAUCAUCUUGAGUUGUUGAGAGUAUUUUGUUUUUGUUUUACUUCAGAUUCUAAAAUUUACUUUAACUGAUAAAACUGAGCAUGGGGGCUACCUAUAAAACCUCCCCAAUAUUUCCAUCCCUAUUAAGUCCAAUUAUUUUAAAAGAAAGGAACUAAACAGUUAAAAACUAGCAACACAUUUGCCCAAAUGAUAAUAGGCAUGCAACUAUUUGUACAAGCUGACUGAGAGGACAAAAUGGAGUUGCUCCUCACAUGGUUUAAUUUUCAGUUGUAGAGGUUAAAAAAUAAAGAUG